AAUGGAGAUGGAGAAGCAGAAGAUGAUAUAAAAAAAACUAAUAAAGAAGGUACAGUAGUUAGAAGAAGAAGAUGGCGAAAAUUAUAGGUGGGAGGUAGUUUUCGUGAGUUUUAAUUGUGGAUUUCGAAAGUAUAAUAACCGAAAGAAGAAGCCAUAAAAAACAUUGAUUAUUAUUUUUAAUAAAAAAACAUAUUGAUUAUUACUAAUGAUAUUUUUUAAAAAAAAAAAACAAAUAAAAUAAGAAAAAUAAAAAGCUUAAACCGCUGCAUAAACCCUAGUGAAUCAUUUUCGAACAUAGUCACUCUUCUUCUUCUUCUUCUUCUUCUUAUCGAAUCAAACUCACAAAAAAUCGUUAUGAACACGCAGAAAUGGUGUUAUUCUCAAUCUCAAUCUCCUCAUUCAUCGAAGCACUUUGAAAAAUGAAGCCAACUGAAGCUGCUCUUCCUUUCUUUUUCUUCAUUUUCCUCUUUUUUGUUGAGGAUGCUUUUCUUUCUGCGCAAUAAUCUAAUCACCAUGGCUUCCAGAGCUUCAAUUCGAGUAAGCCCUUUCUCUCCGAUCCUUCAUUAUUAUCCUCCUACUUCCAAUUUUCUUCCAGCAUUAUCAUCCGACCGUUGUAUUGUAGCUUGCCCUUUGGUUUUUUUCACCAGUUUUCUACUUGUUAUUCGUUUACCCUUUUCAACUAAAUCGAACCCUAGUUCUUUCCUUGAAGAUUUAGAUAAGGAGAACUUGCGUAAAAUAAUUGAACAAGACCGCUGGAAUGAUCCUAAGUUUGUUACCUUGUUUCAUUCGGCUGUGGCGCCCAUUUGGGUUUCUAAGUUUUUGGUUGAAUUGAAAGAGUACCCAUUUUUGGCUUUGAAAUUGUUUAAAUGGGUUGGAAACCGAACUGGGUUUUGCCACACUACUGAGUCUUAUUGCAUUUUGGCUCACAUUCUCUUUUGUGCCAGAAUGUAUGUUCAGGCCAGUGAGAUUUUGAAAGAACUGGUCUCUUUGAGCUGGGUUUUGCCGGGUUGUGAUGUUUUUGAUGUGUUGUGGUCAACUAGGAAUGUUUGUGUUCCUGGAUUCGGAGUUUUUGAUGCCUUGUUUAGUGUUUUGGUUGAGUUGGGAAUGUUUGAGGAAGCAAACCAGUGUUUUUUAAAGAUGAGGAGGUUUAAGGUUUUGCCAAAAACUCGGUCCUGUAAUGAAUUUUUGCGUAGGAUUUCGAAUUCAAGAAAUGCUAACUUAUCGAAGAAGUUUUUCAAGGACAUGGUUGGGGCUGGGAUUAACCCUUCAGUUUUCACAUAUAAUAUAAUGAUUAAUUACAUGUGCAAAGAAGGGGAUAUGGACAGUGCUAGAAGUAUGUUUGCAGAAAUGAAACACAGGGGCCUGAGGCCUGAUAUUGUGACUUAUAAUUCUCUUAUAGAUGGGUUUGGAAAGGCUGGGAAAUUAGAGGAAGCAGUUUGUUUAUAUGAAGAAAUGAAAAAUGUAGGUUGUGAGCCUGAUGUAAUAACUUUCAAUGUUUUGAUUAAUAGUUUUUGUAAAUUGGGAAAACUCCCUCGAGCUUUGAAGUAUCUCCAUGAGAUGAAGAUCCAUGGCUUGAAACCAAAUGUUGUGACUUAUAGUACACUAAUUGAUGCCUUUUGUAAAGAAGGGAUGAUGCAAGAAGCACUUAAAUUUUUUGUGGACAUGAGACGAGUUGGUCUAUAUCCUAAUGAAUAUACCUAUACUUCUUUGGUUGAUGCAAAUUGUAAAGCAGGUAAUUUAACUGAAGCAUUGAAGCUGACAAAUGAGAUGUUAAAUGCAGAAAUUAAGUUGAAUAUUGUUGGUUAUUCUGCUUUAUUAAAUGGCCUUUGUGAGGAUGGAAAGAUAAAGGAAGCAGAAGAAGUCUUUAUGGAGAUGCUGAAGGCUGGGCUAACUCCCAACUUACCAAUUUAUUCUGCCCUUGUUCAUGGGUAUAUUAAGGCUAAGAAUAUGGAGAAAGCUAUGGAUACUUUGAAAGAAAUGAAGGAGAAAAAUAUUAAACCUGAUUUGUUAUUAUAUGGAACAAUUAUUUGGGGUUUGUGCAGCCAAAGUGAACUUGACACAUCUGAGCUUGUGGUCAGUGAAAUGAAGAGUUCUGGUCUAAGUGCAAAUCAUUACAUAUAUACUACUCUUAUGGAUGCGUAUUUUAAGGCAGGUAAGACUACGAAGGCACUCUCUCUUUUGCAAGAAAUGCAUGACUGCGGAAUUGAGGUGAAUGUUGUAACUUAUUGUGCAUUAAUCGAUGGCUUGUGCAAAAAUGGUUUGGUCCAGGAGGCAACUAACUAUUUUGCUAGGAUGGUUGAAAUUGGUUUGCAACAUAAUGUUGCAGUCUAUACAGCCUUAAUGGACGGGUUUUGUAAAAAUGAUUGCGUCGAGGGAGCUGAGAAGCUGUUCGAUGAAAUGCUAGAAAAGGGCAUAAUACCUGAUAGAUCUGCAUUCACCACUCUAAUUGAUGGAAACUUGAAACAUGGUAAUCUUCAAGAAGCUUUGAAUUUGCGUGACAGGAUGAUUGAAAUGGGUAUGGAUCUUGAUCUUCAUGCAUAUACAUCAUUGAUAUGGGGUUUUUCGGAGUGUGGUCAAGUGCAACAAGCAAAAGCAUGGCUUGAUGAAAUGACUGAGAAAGGUAUCCUUCCUGAUGAGAUCUUAUGUGUUUGUCUAGUGAAAAAAUACCAUGACUUAGGGAAUGUAGUUGAAGCUGCUGAAUUGCAAAAUGAGUUGGUACAAAGGGGUUUAAUUAAGGGGACAAGCAAUUAUACAGUUCCUGAUGCUAGAACUUGAGAGCAGUUGAAUGCAAUUCACAACUUUUCCUAAGCAACAUCGCAUAUUUGCCCUCCCAAAAUUGAGAGUGCAAAGACCCCAGGCAGAGAAGAUUUCAAAUUGGUUUCUGGCUUGUGCCAGAAUAAAGCUACUUAUGAUGAUGCUGCACAUCAAUGGAAAUCACAAACAAGUAAAAGCUUAUAUUGGCAGGACGCUUCUGCCCUUUGAAGUGAAUUUUGAAUCCUGAUUCAUGAUGGGGUGCUCUGUCAACAUAAAGACCUGAUUUUUGUUCUGAUGAGCAAUGGCUGAGAUGAACUCCAAUGCAACGGAGGUUGUAGAUGCUGCAGGUGAUGGCGUUGCAGUAGGAUGCAAAAAACAGGACAUCACCGAAACCAAUGGCCGUUCUAGUGAAUAACAAUCAUGGAGGUGCAAUUUUCAGCCUUCUCCCAAUUUCUGAAAGAACUGAAGAAAGAAUACUAAAUCAAUCUUUCUACACUUCUCAUGACAUUUCAAUCAGUGAUUGCACAUGGGAUUUUUGCUCCUCGAAUUGGGAUGAAGAUUUGUGGAAAGUAUUUUGUAAUUGUAAAUUUCUGGGCAGCGGUUUAGAGUUGAAUACAUGUCUGGAUUAAAAAGUCAAUAUAGUUUGUACCAAGUGAAGAUUUUUUGAUCAUGGAUAAAAUGGAAGGUCCAAUAGCUAUACUUAAGUUAGAUGUGCCUAUAGACUUAAAUGGAUGAUUAUUUUUCCGCCACUUCAGGCUAGCUCAAGUGGUUGGGAAUGUGAGUGUGUUUCGGAGGUGGAAGCGGUUCAAAUCCCCAUUCCAUUGUACUGAAACUAUGCUGCACGAUUUACUAAUGACCUAAUCUUGGUUCCCACCAUGUAUAUUUGUGAGUCAAGUAUUUGCUUCUGAACUUAAAAACAUGUUGACAGCAUAGUGUGAAGCAUGUAGAAGUACAGACAAGGGCCGACCUUCAUGCUGCGUUAUUCCAAUCCAAAUACCAAGAACCGGAUUGUGUUAUCGAGGUUGCUGCUGUGAGCUCUAUUGAUUCCAAUGCUACCUUCCACAGGUUGUUACCUUAUGUUUCUGUCAUUUCUGCUUCUCAUGUAAGUAUUUUGAGAGUUUACUCAUCAAGCUGCGGAUAGUGCUUUAAGAUUCCUUCUAAGGGUUCCUGUUGAAGAUUCUGUAUCUGAUUUUUUCUUGUUGCAUAGUCCCACCUAUCAAGUACUCAAUAUUUAGGUGAUUUUGCUUCCUCGAAUAAAAUUCGUUUUAUUUUAUAAAAUAACUUACAAAGGCAAAACAGAUUUAAUUAUUUCUGUUCUCUUUGUGACAGAAUAGAUAUAGAAUACCAUUGUGUAUAGUACCACUUACUAUGAGUAAUGUUGAUCACAACAACACCAGCUUCUUUAGAGAAGGGUUUGUAGUCUAAUGUAAUAACACCAGCUUGUUCUUGUUACCACCUUCCUCUAUACAACUUUAUUUUUUUUGUUAA